AUGGAGCCGAAUUUAGCGUUCCAAACAGUCAUGGAAGACUGCGGAAUUCUGACCGCGCCGCCUACUCGAGCCGAUCGAUACGAUGUUCCUCUCGAUAUCUCCAAAUUCACCGAUAUAAUCAAGCUUCAAGGAACCGAGAACUACGAACAAUGGCACGACUCAAUUCAUAAUGAAUUCCACAGCCAAGGAGUGUGGGAUCUCGUUACCGGGUCUGAGCAACCGCUUCUCGCCUUGAACCCGCCACUUGCUCAAACCUACAAGAAUUGGCAGCGACUGGAUAAGAGUCUCAGCGCCCUGCUCGGCAUGACAGUGGACAGGGCAAUACUCGUCAAUAUUCCCGAGAAUAUAAGCAUUGAUGCGAUGUACGAAUUCCUGCGAACAAACUACCAGCCGAAGUCUGGUCCGGACUUCUCUCAACUCCUCAAAACGCUUUCUCGUCUUCGGCUCGCGAAUUUCCCGUGUGUCAGUGAUUAUGCCGCCAAGUUCAGCGCCAUACAUCUCGAGAUGGAAUUAGCCCGCCCGUAUACAGUGUCCCCGGUGGUGGUCAAUACACUUUUUCUGGAAGGCCUUGGCCCGGACUGGGAGGGAUUCAGACAUUACAUGGUGGAGGAGAAAUCCGCGAUCAAUGAGCUGCAUCCCUUGGAUUUGGAUGAAUUGAUGGCUGAGACUCAAGACUAUGAGGAUUCCUUCGCCGAGGAUGAACCUACAUCUCAAGUAACUAAGAAGUGGGGAAAUAGGCCAUUUUGUGGACAUUGCAACAUGCUUGGACAUCACCAGGAAGGCUGCUGGAGGAUGGAAGGCAGAACAGAAGAGGAGAUCAAGAUCAUUCGGCGCACAUUGAGACAGGAUCGUGGCCGCAGACGGCCUCGAAAGACUGCUGAUUCUCUUGCUAACAGGAUCACACGACCUUCAACGGCUCGGCGUGGUGCGGCAAACCGAAUUGGUAAAUUUCAGUCUCGCAACUCCCGAGCCAGAUAA